UAUCAUGGAAAAUGAAUGUACAAGUAUAUAUAGGAAAGAAGAUUUCAUUGUCUCACCAUACUCUGGUAAAACUUGUAAAAGUUGGGAAAACCUGUCCGGCGAAGCUAAAAUUGAUUUUGACAAGAAGUUUUCUUCUUUGAAAACUUCUUUAAACGAUUCGACAUUGUGUAAAGAUUUAUCUUCAAAUGGUAUUCCUUGGUGUUAUGUGAAUGACCCGGGCAGAUCUUUGCGGGAGCCGUGCUUCUUGAAUGGCAAGUUAUUUCUGUUUUGAUUAGCAUAAAAAGACAAAGGUAAACAGAGUUGAUAUUUUUUCUGACAAAAUAGAUUAUUGCAUGACAUGAGUAGGGAUUUUUUUCAUUUCGAUUCGGAAAUAUACAAAUAAUAUUCACCUGAAUAUUAAAAAGCAACAAAAAAGAAAAAGAAAAAUAAUUUCAAUUUAGCGGCACUACAAUAGUUCCAUGCCGAUAUGAAAUUUCUUUUCUUUCACUUUUUUUUCGAAGACCAUCAGAUAUACUAAUUUACGUAGUGUUAUUAUCCAAAUGUUAAAUUAAUCUUCAAUUCGGCUACAUAGAAUGCCUGUAUUUCACUUUUUUUUAAUUGAAUUUAGACACAAGUUACAUCAUUUUGCCCGAAAAGGAGUUGUCUAGCAUGAAUUGCUCCGAUGGAUCGUCAAUACCGAAAGUGAACUGGUGUGAUAGGAAUUUUGACUGCACAGACUAUACAGAUGAACUGUCAUGCCACAUUGAUAUUAUAGAUCACACUCUAACGAAUACGGGAAAAACAAUGAUAAACACUCAUUUACCAAACCGACUCAAACACGAGGCGUUUUACCGCUGUGAAAAAAGCAAGGAGUGGAUAUCUACAUUAGCUAAAUGUGAUGACGUCAUCGACUGUCUUGAUGCCUCGGAUGAAGUCAUGUGUUUGCCGAGCAAUACAUGUGGUGACUAUAAAUUAUCAUGUGAUGAUGGACAUUGUAUACAUCCGAAUCAAGGCUGUGACUUCAUAACAGACUGUUUGGACGGUACGGAUGAAAUCUGCGAGUACCGCAAAUGCGAUAUCAAUGAAUUUCGCUGUAAAAAUGGACAAUGCAUUACAUUAGGCAAUCGAUGUAACGCUGUAUAUGACUGCAUUGAUAAUAGCGAUGAAACAAAUUGUGACUCCUGCCGAAAUUCAUUUCUCUGUGUUGAUGAUUACAAAUGUAUUCCUAAUCGACUGACGUGUGAUAAUUAUCCUGACUGUAGGGAUAAUAGUGAUGAACAGAAUUGCGUAGGUUCAAUUCCAACGACCGAUGAUUUCAAUAUUGAAUACCUAUCAGUGAAACUCUCUGAUCAGUCUUGUACAUGGGUUUUCGUCCAGAAAGGAAACGAAUCUGGUAGAAUAAUGUAUUCUAGACAGUGUUUAUUUCAAUGGGAUUCAGCUUAUUUUUCUGGUGAUUUAAAUGCGAGCUAUUCUUGUUUUGUUGAGGUACGAAAAGAUUGCAAGUUCAGAUUUCGUGAAGCAGCUCUUAUUGACAAUAACAAUAGUGAUUUCGCAUUCCCGUUCUGUCAUUGCACAAUUGGAACAUUCCGCAAAGGAAAACCUUUAAUAAAAUAUUGUAACCCUUAUCAUGAGCUGGAUAUUGAUUCGAUAACCGACUGCGAUGGAAGUGAAAUCGCAGAAUUGCAUAGUUCUGAUGAUAGGAAUGUUUAUAAUAAUAUAAAGAAUACUAGUGAUAUAGUGACAUUUAUUUGGCCAAAGGUUUUUUCAGACAUGGACAUGACGGUUGGCCUUCCUUAUUGUACUUACGAUUACAAUGCAAGCGUGUUCGGGGAUUGGUUUAAAUGUGAAAGAGAUAACAAGUUUAUACCAGAGUCGAUGGUCUGUAUUUAUUCCGUAGAUGCAAACGGUUACAUGACUGGAUGUAGAUCUGGGGACCAUUUACAAAAUUGUGAAAAAUUCCUCUGCCCUGAAAAUACAGUCAAAUGUCCAGACAGUUACUGCAUUGAACAGAGAUUACUCUGUGAUGGACAUAUUGAAUGUCCUGGAAGAGAAGAUGAACAAGAUUGUACCUGUAAGCAUUCGGAUAGAGAAGUUAUCUUAUUUGUAGAAGAUGGUGAUCCUGAGACCGCGGAAACAGCAGAACAUUUAGCUAAACAAUUUUUUACAAACGCCAAGGAUAGUAUUGUAAGAUUAUUUUAUUUUAAGAGUCUGAAUAUAUCAGUGGAGUUUGACAUUACAUAUAGGUUGUUGGAAAUACGAGAAGAACGUGUAAAUCAAUUAAGAAAAACUGAAUGCAAAUAUACAACAAUGGCAAGAGAUUUUCUUAAAAGGCUGCACUUUACCAAAUCAGAAAGAAGAGGUGUUAUUGUGAUUGAGAAUAGUAAUGCAUCAGCAGUUGUUUCCAGUUUAGCAUUGUCCAAUCUCUCACAGCCAGAGUUUUCAAUAUAUCGGGUGGUAAAAGAUUUCAGUUCUUCCCUUUAUAGGAAUAAUAAAUACAAAUUUGUAAAAGACAUUCAUAUCAGUAAAUGGAGGUCUCUGUAUUGGACUGGAUUCAGGAGAUUUCCAGAAAUAUGUACAGAGGCUUCAUACGUUCCUUGUGCUGGGAAGUUCAGGUGUUCCUCAAGUAAGCAAUGCAUACCAUUUGAACAAGUUUGUGACAAUGUUGUGCAUUGUAGAAACGGUGACGAUGAGAGACUUUGUAACUCUGUGUGUCCUCAGAAAUGUAGUUGUGUUGGUGAUGUUAUAAUAAAUUGUAGGGAGGCCAACAUAUCUUUGUCCGAUUUAUCAUCACUGACAAUACAUGUCAGAAGUGCUGAUCUAAGUAAAAACCCAUCAAUUAAAGAAAUACACGAAAACCAUUUAAAUUUUCAUAACAUGUUACGUUUAAAUAUUUCGUCGUGCGGCAUUGAUCAUAUUGACAACAAAACAUUUUUUAACUUAAAAGAAUUGUUGUUGUUAGAUCUUAGUCACAAUAGAAUACAGCAGUUACCAGUUGUGUUUAGCAAGCUCCGUUAUCUUAACAUUUCAUCGUGUGACAUUCGUAAUAUUGAUAAAAAUUCUUUCGUAAAUUUACAAUAUCUUUUUUCGUUGGAUCUUAGCGGCAACAAAAUACGACUAUUACCUGAUAUGGCGUUUAGCAUGCUCCUUUAUCUUACCCACUUGAAUCUAGAUAGGAACUUUGAAUUGACAGUGAUUUCACCGACAGCUUUUACAGGCUUAAAAGCAGUGAAAAACAUACAAAUAACAGGCACAAGCUUAAAAAGGAUAAGCUCCCUUACAUUUUCAGAUUUAAAUUUGGACAGUAUAGACAUUUCUAACAACAAAAUUGAGGAGAUUGAAAAAGAUGCCUUCAAUAAUUCCCAAGUACGUAAAAUCAAUUUUGAAGGAAAUAAUGUGAUAAAGUUUGGAAAAGAAAUGUUUAACGGCGUAACAUUCCUUCGAGAGCUUCAUACACCUGCAUUUAAAUUCUGUUGUAUCCGCCCUUGUUAUGUCCCUGAAAAAGAUUGCAGUCCUUUAAAAAAUGAGUUUUCUUCAUGUGAAGACCUGAUAAGAAACUCUGUACUUCAAGCAGUUCUUUGGAUAGUCGGAAUAGCUUCAUUAUGUGGAAAUCUAUCUUCAAUCAUAUACCGUCUUGUCUAUGAUCGCGAACGGCUAAAGAUAGGUUAUGGCAUAUUUGUCACUAACCUUGCAGUUGCAGAUUUUCUGAUGGGUUUGUACCUGAUAAUGAUAGCAGUUGCUGAUUCAUUCUAUAGAAACAGAUACACUUUUGUGGAUGAGUAUUGGAGAAACAGUAAUUGGUGUAUUACCGCAGGGAUUCUGUCUACAGUUUCGUCUGAAUCCAGCGUUUUCUUUCUUUGCUUCAUAACCUUAGACAGACUUUUAGUGAUCAAGUUUCCAUUUGGCACUGUGAGGUUAACACCUAAUAAGGCGUACAUCUGCUGCGGAAUAUGCUGGUUAAUUUCCAUAGCCAUGUCGAUCAUCCCAAUUCUGUACACAGGUCACUUUAAAAACCAAUUCUACUCUAAAACCGGAGUAUGCAUUGCAUUGCCUUUGACGCGAGAUAAACCUCCAGGAUGGAUGUAUUCCGUAUCAAUUUUCGUUGGUUUAAAUUUCUGCACCUUUAUUUUUGUUGCUGUAGGCCAAUUAGCAAUAUUCAAAGAACUUCGACGAGCGUCAGUUAUGAAGAAGACACAACAAUCCAGAAAACGUGAUUUGAAAGUUUCUAGGAAUCUUAUUCUCGUUGCAACAACUGAUUUUUUAUGUUGGUUUCCGAUAGGGGUGAUGGGAAUUUUGUCAUUAAUCGGAUUUGCGAUUCCAAGUGAUGUUUAUGCAUGGACAGCCAUUUUUGUGUUACCAAUUAACUCUGCCCUGAACCCGUUUCUGUAUACAGUGUCAGCAAUACUCGGAAAGAAGAGUUUUAAUCCAAGCAUUGAUGAGCAGAGUCGAACAAUGGUUCAGAAAGAAAUUGGCAGCGCCAUUUUAAGAUAUCAGAAAUUUAGCAGAUCUGUCCGCAUGAAACAAGAAGUUCUGCCAGUAGGAACAAUGCGUAGUAUCCAAGACAUACUCAAUGACGAUAGAUGUUUGUCAGUCAGUAUUGUUGCAGCAGUAUCCAAACAACUUGCCGAAUAUCUUUGUCUAUUAGAUGAGUCUUUCAUUGUCAUAGACGUGAUAUGUGAGACGAAUGUGUACAUAACAAAGGUUGGUAGUAAUGUUGUUGUUGUUGUUGAUAAUGCUGUUUGCACAGCCCUGGAGGUUGCCACUGCCUUCAAGGACAUUCAAGUGGUCAAGUCUGUCCUAGAGGAGUACAGAGUCAACAUAGAAACAUUUUAUCAUGAGAUAUAUGAAGCUGUAACCUUGGCAGAGAGAGUAGGCAUCUACCCUUCAGUCCUCCGGCGCUGUGACCGUCAAACACAAAGAGGAAAUAUCCCUAGAUCAAGUGUGGGGGAAUUAUUUAGACGAACAAUAAUUGUGCCAUUCUUUGACUAUCUGAAAGGGAGAUUGCAGACUCGACAAAUAUUGAUACAUGUUCUUGAAGGUGGAUUGUUGAUUGGCUGCGCUUUGGUGUUUGUUGUUGUUAUAUUUUUUGCUCCACCAAAGAAGAAGAAGAGAGAGAGAAGAAGGAGAGACAGAAUUGUGUUGGUCGGACAGUGGAUACAGAGAAUGCCUGAACACGGACUGUAUGGCAAGCUGAUGGUAGGGCUGAGGAAUAAGGAUCCACGAGCCUUCCAGCACUUUAUGAAGAUGCCACCAGCCAAGUUUGAUAAAGUUGUACAGAGGCUCAGCCCCAGAUUGACACCAAUUACCUAG